AUGUCUCAAAAUGCAGAGUCCAGCACUUCCACCGAAGAUUGGCGACUCCCACGAGGAUCAUGGGAUACUCACGUGCACGUCUUUGACCCGAAAUCUUAUCCCUAUUCGCCCAAGAGAGCUUACUCUCCUCGUGAAGCAUCUUUCCAACAACUAACCAGCUUCGGAGAGUCGCUCACAACGGAUAAUUCUGUUCCAAACAUGGUUCUCGUUCUACCAAGUCCGUAUGGUAACUUGAACGAAAGUAUUCUUGAUCUACUUCGGAAGGGCGAGAGUGGCGGGAGGCUCAGGGGUAUUGUUGUGUUGGAAAAAGAGCAGAUGGUGAAGGAAAGUUUACUCGAGAUGGAUAAAUUGGGAGUAAGAGGAGUGCGACUGAAUAUGGUUUCUUCUGGUGGAUCUGUUACCGGCGAGGCUUUGAGAAAGGCUAUGACUGAGACUGCAUCUUUGAUCAAGGAUGCGGGGUUAGGUAGCAAGUGGUGGGUUCAGUUAUUCAUUCCGGGACACUUUUGGGAUGAAUUGGCUGAUACCGUCAAGAUCCUAGGGGUUAGAAUCAUCGCAGAUCAUCUUGGUGGGAUGAAAGGGUCGUCAAUGCUUCUAGAAGGAACUCCUGUGACAUCCCAGCCCGGAUUCAAUGCGCUGAUUGGUCUUGCAUCAGCAAAACAUUUGGUGGUCAAGAUUUCUGGUUUUCCUCGAGCUUCUGAAAAAGAAGAGCAGGCGUAUCCAGAUCUUGAGAAAGUUGUGAGGAGAUUUGCCGCUGAAGUUCCUGAUCAAUUGAUCUGGGCUAGUGAUUGGCCUCACACUGGUGAAGCGAAGGACAGGAAAGGACGAAGCUUAGAUAUUCCUGAGCCUUUUAGAGAUAUUGAUGAUACUGCGAUCUUGAGAAGGAUAAGAAGCUGGGUGAGCGAUGGUGUAUGGGAGAAGAUGAUGGUUAACACACCAGAAAAGAUGUAUAUUUGA